AUGACCGCUCCAUCCCCGCGCGUCGCGCUGGUCCUGGCGCUCACGCUCCUCCUCGCCACCCCGGCCGUCGGGUCCGCGACGUCGGCCAAGCGCGGCCUGGCAUGGGCCAACGGCAAGUGGGUGCCCAUGGACGCAUUUGACACGUCCAACACGUCCAUCACGUCCUACUACACGUGGACGCCGACGCCCGUCUCGGGCGCGCCGUUCAAGUUCAUCCCCAUGCUGUGGGGCUGCGACGCCGACCACAUUAGCGAGUUCCAGUCGGCGCUGGCCAACAACUUUUCCGGCGCCGACCUGACCGACGAUAAAGUCAUCCUGGGGUUCAACGAGCCCGACAUUGACUCGCAGUCAAACUGCACGCCGGCGCUGGCGGCAAGCGUGUGGCAGGAGUACCUCGAGCCCCUCAAGAAGAAGGGGUACCGCCUCGGCUCGCCAGCUGUCACCGCCGGCCAGUGGGGUAAAGCGUGGCUGCUCGAGUUUUACGAAGAGUGCGGUGGCGGGUGUAACCCCGACUUUCAGGCCGUCCACUGGUACGACAUGACCGUGGACAACUUCAAGAGCGUCCUGGUGGGAUACUACGAUGCGUUCCAGCUGCCCAUGUGGGUGACCGAGUACGCCGUGCAGAACUUUUCCGACAACCAGCAUGGCACGGACGGUAACGCGCAGGCGACGCAGGCCCAGAUCAACAGCUUUAUGACCACGACGCUUAGCUGGAUGGACAACCAGUCCUGGAUCGAGCGGUACUUUUGGUUUGGCGCAAUGUACGAAAUGCAGGGCGUCAACGACUACAACUGCCUCUUCAAGCUGGCUGACAACGUGAGCCGCACGGGAGCCCUGUCGGCCUUGGGCAAGAUGUAUCUCGACGAUCCGACGGGCAUCAGCUACGCCAGCGGUGCGGCGAGCAGGCUCCUCUUGCCGGUCGCUGCUGCCGACUUGUUGCCCAUCACGGCGGCGAUCGUGGUUGCAUUGUUGUACAGCUCUCUCUAG